CAUUAAAACUUGCGCGGUCAAAGCCUUCAGAUGGGUCAGUGAUACCUUAUCGGGCUUCAAAGGCGUGUGACAUGGGUGCUUUUGACCCUUUGGUGACGUAUGAAAAGGGAACUUACAUUGAAACGGAUACAGGCAACAAAGUAUCGAGAAAGGCUGUCAUUACUGGCGCUACAAAUAUCAUCCUUGGUGGAAAGUCUAUUAUACAAUCAGGAGCGGUACUCAGAGGCGAUCUCCGGAGGUAUACGGCUGGCCAACAUGUAGUUAUUUCCAUGGGAAGAUACUGCAACAUCUCAGAAGGUGUCGUCAUUCGUCCACCAGGAAAGAUCUACAAGGGAUCAUUCACAUUCUACCCCGUACGGAUAGGAGACUGCGUGACCAUUGGCCAGAACAGCGUCGUCGAAGCUGCUCAGAUAGGUCUAGGCGUAGAAAUCGGCAAGGACUGCAUCAUUGGUAAAUUCGUCAUCAUCAAGGAUCUGGCAGUCAUCCUUCCUGAGACUGUACUGCCCGAAGCGACUGUCGUCCCUCCAAUGACAGUCUGGGGUGGUAAUCCAGGCCAAUUGCUCGAUAGUCUACCCGAGACACACCAAGAGAUGGUUGAAGCAAAAUGCAAGGGCUUUUACUCGCGGUUCAGAGCAGCGUAAAGGAUCGAAGCGAAGUGGAUGAUACCCCGCAUAGGUAUACCUGAGCAAAUACAAAACAUG